AGUGUUUUAUAUAGCAAGAGUUUUAAUGGCCUACGCACAAUUGCAUCCCAGGCGAUAAUCUCUUUAUUUGUUUCUAAUUAUCCGUGUUAAUGGCUUUUGUCGUGAAACGAAAAUAGAAUAUUUUUAUGCUUUCAUUUCCAUUUAGCAUAAAAAUUUAAAAAAUUAUGGAAAGCCUUCAUAAAAAUACCAUUAAAUAAAAAACAUCACGAAAUUUACAGGAAUACAAAUUUGAUUCAAAUUCAAAUAAACAACAUAUUUUGAUGUCAUAAUUUUCGGUUGGCAUAUUUAUUUAUUAGGACAACAUGUCUUAAACAAUUUAUUGAAAAAUAGCUUUGAAAAGAAGAAAGGAGAGUUAGAGAGGAAGGGGGUUGAUUCAAAAUUGAAACUGUUGGAAAAACGUCUCUUUUUCCCCGUUUUACCGGAAGACUAAUGUGGCAGUCAGGUUGGGAAGAGAGGGAAGCAGGAUUUAGUGGAGGGAUUGCGUGAAAGUUGAAGCGACACAAUCAACUUCUGUGUGACUUUUCUUCGGGGGAGGAGGAGCAGGUUUAGCUGCCAAAAAGAUAACAAUCGAAUUUGUGUGUCAUUUCCCAAAAAGCGAUUGCUGCAACCCCUUCGAUUUUCCUGCGGAAGUCUUUCUUCCCGCGCGGGCUUUUUUAUCUUUUCAGCCUUUUCCGGGAGGCGCGCUUUUUUUUUAGGAAAAAGUGAGAGAGAGAGAGAGGAAUUGGUGGAGUGUGGGAUGGGGAUUGAAGUUGCCUGGUGAUGCGUUGAAUUUUGUUUAUUCGAUACCCCCGCGCGAGAAAAUUCCCCCUGGAAAAUCCAUCGUGUUGCACGUAUAAGAAGUUGUGGCCAGGAGCGCGAGUGAAAUAGUUUUACACGGGAAUUGCUGCGAUCUGGACGUUCCUUCUGCCCAAGGAGGAUUCGCGAGUGUAUUUUCUGAUUGUUCUGGAGUGAUGGAGGAGCUUCGUGAUGCAAGUAUCCAUCACACAGCCCUCAAACUCUCCAGUGACAUCAAAACGAUGAAGAUCUACGACAAUGUCUACAAGAUGGUACAGAAACUCGCGUGUUCGCCGGAUGUUGAUAAGAAUGAGAUGAAGAAUACUCUGGAAAGUGCCAUUAAGAACACAGGACUAGACACAGAGAUUCGCAAUCUCAUUUACCACUUGAUUAGGAAUUCAAUUCGCGCGGAUGUGAGAUCCACAGCCACUUCCUCCCAUGAUCCCCUGAAUUACUUGCGUCGUGCGGGGAUUCAGUGGGAAAGGAGGGUCAAAAGGAGUCUCACAGCGAUGUGUGCUGAGCUCAAAGUUCCGCUCCAGGGACAAACCCGAAUCCUGUCGGACAGGGAGGAGCUGGCGUCCAAAUGGGAGGAACUCAGCAAUUACCAGGUAGAUCUCUCAAACUACCGCCCAGUUUACGCUCCAAAGGACCUCCUGGAGGUGCUACUGUCCCUGAAGGGUCCCACGAAGCACGAGGAAGAUGAAUUCCUGCCUCGCUGGGAGUUUUCUCACAUUGCCCUGCCCGUGAAGAAUCUCUUUGAGCUUCGUGUCCACUUUGGUGAUCUCCUGCGUCAUGACGUCGGAGUGGCUGAGUGGACAGCUCAGUGUCACAAAGUCCUGGCCCUCCGUCAUGCCCCAGUUUGUCAGCAAGUCCUGAGGAAGGGCUGCACUCCGGCUCCGGUUCGGGGGCAGCUUUGGGCUUUUGUCCUGGGCAGUCACAUCGAUACUCAUCAGACUGAGCACUGGGAUUCCCUCAAGAGCACAGUCAUGAUGACGGAUCUGAUUGUGGACAAACUGGUCUUCAAGGAUGUCCAGCUCACGGCCACAAAUGACGAUCAGUAUUUUGUCUUUGAGGAUGUCCUCUACCAGGUCAUGCUGUGCUUCUCGAGGGACGCAGAGAUCGGGCAGUUGCUUAGUGCGGACUCAAAUUCACAGAAUCCUCCAAAAAGUGGGAAGCAAUUCGAGGGACCACCGUGCGGAAUUGUUCCACAUCAUGGGAUUUGCAUGUUUGCUGCUCCUUUUUGCUACCUCUACGACACUCCCGUAAAGCUCUACUUCACCUUCCGGGCUUUCUAUAUUCGCUACUGCCAUCGACUGACCACUAUCAACACGCAUCCGCAGGGCAUUGUCAGUCUCUGUCUGCUCUACGAGAAACUCCUGCAGACGCACGAACCUCAACUCUGGUCGCACUUCCGGGAGCUUCAAAUUCAACCGAUCCGCGUGGUGUUCAAAUGGCUGAUGCGUGCCUUCAGUGGUCAUCUGCCUCCUCAGCAAUUGCUGAUCCUCUGGGACUUGGUGCUUGGCUUCGACAGCCUCGAGAUCCUCUCGCUCCUGGCGGUGAUCAUCCUCAGUUUCCGCAAGGAAUCCCUCAUGCAGGUGUCCUACAUUGAGAACAUCGAGGCAGUCCUUGCUGAUCUUUCGUCCAUCAAGGUCCUGCCCCUGAUCCAAUUGGCCCUGAGCCGGGAUUAGUGGGAAUUAUCUCAAGAAAGAAAAACUCUUUG